AUGAGCAACAACGGUGGAUACUACGCACCCGAGAAGCCUGGGCAGGCGCACUACAACUCUUUAACGAACGCUUUCCUCCGCGCUGUAGACCAAUCACACCCGCAGUACCAGCAGGGUCCGUACCAGGGCCAACCCCCGCCUGGGCAGCCCAUGAUCUAUGUCCAGCAGCAGCCACCUCCCCCUGGAGCUGCGUUGCUAACAUUCACAACGUUUGGCGUUGUAGCCUUGCUGGAUGCUGCACGGCUGCACUCUGUUGCCCGUGUUCUGUUAGCUAUCAUUCAAAUAUUCACAGGCAACUAUAUCACUUUCUUCAAGCCCUUAGAUCUGUAUGACGGUCUCAGGGAAGUCAAAGUGUCAUCAGUUGAUCGUCGGAUCGCCGUAUUCUCUACUCAAAGUAUGGAUGCUCAACCUCACAUCGAGCUCACCCCUGCCAUUGGAUUCAAAAUCAUCGAACUUCCAAUUCUUCGGGUAUUCGAAUUUGUAUGGUACCAGGAACAUUGUGCAACAGAAGAUAAUUUGUGA